AUGACGCUAGAAUAUGAAAUCGAGGUUCAAAUUAUUGAAUAUCCAUCAUUAUUUCUUUGUAUUCAACCACAUCAAUCAUUGAAACGUUUAACAAUAAUGGCUCGAUCACUCUUAUCCGGUCUAAUUCUUAUUCUUCUUCCUAUUACAUUACUCAGUGGAACCCUUUUUCGAUUUUCUAUUGUUUCAUUUAUCUAUGGUUUUCUUCUACUUAUCAUUCCAUGGUUGGGUACAAUCAACGAAAGAAAUCUUCGAACACGUUUCCGUCUACUAAUUCUUAUCAUUGGUAUAAUAAGUCUACUUGCUGUUAUUGCUCAUCUAAUCUUUCAAUCAAUUCUUCUUGCAAAUAAACCCUAUGGUCAUACCCUCAAUAACUGUACUGAACUUACUCAAAUUCUUCGAUAUUUUGGCUUAGAACGUCUUGACAAUUCCAAUGCAAUACGAAUUUUACGUUUAAUCUUUCCUGAUAUUAUCAUCUUUGCUGUAGCAACAAUUUGUCUUGUUAUUAGUCGACGUUCAUUACGAACGAGUAGACGUCGUGAAGUUACUGAACUUCAAACUUCAUCAACAUCAAAUACAACAAGUGUAUCACCAUCAUCAACUAGUAGUUUAAAUAUAAUUAAUCGAAAAAAUAUUUGGCCAAAAUUAUUAUCGGUUAUAAGACGUAUACGUCUAUUCAUUCAAUUUAUAAUUGUUGGCUUUGCAGCAUUUGUUUAUCCAAGUAUAAUCAAUUCCAUCUAUUUUAUUUUCUUUCUUGCUAUUGCCUUUUCAUGGUCAUUUACGAUUAAAUUUGGUAGAAAAUAUACAUUAAUUCGUGCUUUAUUAGUUAUAUAUACGGGCAUGCAUAUCAUUCUAUUUUAUUUAUAUCAAUUUACAUUUUUUCAAGAAGUUUUACCACCAUUAUCAUUAUGGAGCAAUAUUACAGGUUUAACAGCAAUUGUAAUAAAUAAUUGCACGGAGAAUGAACCACGUGUUGUAACUAAUCUUGCAUGGAGUGAUUAUAUCAAUCCAUGUGCACUUUUGCUUCUAUAUUUUUAUUUUGCUUUUGAAACAAAUCGAACCUUUUUUCAACAAAAAGUACAAUCAACUACAACAACAAUGCAAUCUGUUGAACAAGAGAGUUUGGUUAAUAAUGUCGAACGACGAAGUACAAUAGAACGAAAUUCUCCAAGUUCACAACGUCUAUCAAAUUUAGAAUCAGCAGAAGAUCAAACAUGGCAAGGACGAAUAAUUUUUAUUGUACUAUUAAUACUUCGUGUGUUAGAACGACAAAGUUAUUUAUUAUCUAUAAUUGCUAUGUUGGCAUGGAGUAUAACAUUUCAUAGUUUAUUAACAUUAGUCUAUUUACUUUGGGCAUGUCUUCUUUGGGUAUUACCUAAUUCAAGAAAAUGGUGUUUGAGAAUGAGUCCAUUUUUUACAAUUUAUGGAGUAAUAUUAUUAAUAUUACAAUAUCUAAGUGGUUUUAAAGUAAGUUUUGAUCAAUUAAAUUUUAUGUAUGAUCGUCGUACAAUGGCACAAAUUGGUAUUCAAAUAAUUGAUUAUCGUCCAGCAUUCAUUUACUUAGUUGCCAAAUCAUUCUAUAUGAUGUUCUUUUGGUUAACAUUUCGGCAAUAUAUUAGUGAACGUCAAAAUGCCAAUAUUCAACCAAAUGAAGCAGUACCACUCACUACAUCACCAGUGUCAUAUCCAAAACGAUUAGGACAAUGGUUGAUUAAUUUCUUAACUAAAUAUUGGAUAUUUGUUUCAUGUGGAAUGCUAUUACUUGUUAGUAUUCAAAAUACUGUAGUAAUUUAUCGUAUAAUCUACAUGGCUUUUUAUCUAUUCUUUAUUCUUUCAUACCAAAUUUCAUUUGGAUUUUGGAGAAGAACAGCAUCAACAUUCCAUUUAACUAUUAUUAUCUAUUCCAUGAUGAUUUUAAUUGGAUUAUAUGUAUAUCAAUUUGAAAUAGUCCACAAUUUUUUAACUGCAAGACUCAGUAAAGAAUUACUUGCAUCAAUUGGUCUUGAUUUCGUUCGAUCCGAUGUGUUGGCUGUGAAAUUACUAACACCAAGUAUAUUUCUUGUUGUUAAUAUAAUGCAAUUGUAUUAUUUUCAUUCGGGUUGGAUGGACUUAAUUACAAUGCCAAGUGCCAAAAAUAUUGAAGGCUUACCAACUGGUACAUUAAAAGAAAUUCAUACGUACGCUAAAGAAAAUACAGAUAAUUCAAAUAGUGUUUAUACACAACAAAUCUUAGAAAGUACUCCAGAAAUUUGGCAAGAAUCUUUAUAUAAAUUUUAUUUUCGAGCAAACCGUAUCUAUAAAAAAAUAAUUUAUUACACAUGGCGUUUUGCUGAAAUUCAUUCCUAUAAACUUGUUCUAUUUAUCAUGGUUCUUGUUUCUGUACUUCGAGUAUCGGCAUUUAAUGUUCUAUUAAUUAUUUUUGUAACUAUUGGUUUAACAUUAUCAAGUCUUCGAUCAUUAAUCAAUUUAUUAACAUUAAUUAGUACAGGUAUAUAUAUUCUUGCAUCAAUGUGUUAUCAAUUAGAAAUAGCAAAACAACAAAUAAUAGAAAAAAAUAUUUUUGUUCGAAAUUGUUCACAAAUUUAUCCAAAUGUAACAUUAGAUGAAAGUCUAAAUGCAAUUCCAAAUGAUACAGCAAAAUGGUUUGGUCUUGAAUUAACACCAAAUAUUAAUCAAUUUAUUGGACUUUAUAUUUUAUUAACAAUUAUUUUAACAUUAGAUGCAACUGUACGAUAUAGACAAAGACAUCGUCGUUUAACAUUAUCAGUACAUUUUAAUGCUCCUCUUGUUGAAAAUCGUUUUCCUAUUCUAUUUGAACCAUUUGCAUUAAAAGAUCUUUUUGAUGAAACUCGUGAACCUGAAUAUGAUAUAAUUAGUUAUAGACAAGCUGAUCAAGGAAUGAUUAACUUUUUAAAAUAUUUAACGAAUUUUAUUUUCUAUCGAUUUGGUUUGGAGAUAUGCUUCAUAACAACAGUUAUAGUUAUUGGUGUUCGUCUUGAUGUUAUGGCUGUUCUUUAUUCAAUAUGGCUUGGUAUAUUUUUAAUAUCAAGUCGACGAACUAUUCAACGAAUAUGGCCUAUCUAUAUGUUAUUUCUUAUCAUUGCAUUUCCAGCACAAUAUAUGAGUGUUGUUGGCGCACCACCAAUGCUUUGCUUUGAAUAUCCAUGGACAGAUGUUAACGUAAAAGGUUGGUCUCAAUUAAAACGUUGGCUUUAUUUAGCAGAUUAUGCACAUCCACCCAUAGCAACACAGUUAAUUGCUGAUUUUUUUCAAUUUUUAUUUGUUUGUCAACAAUGGCGUGUAUUUGGUUAUGAAACAAAUGAAAAAAAUCAUGAAUAUGCCGAAGCUGGUGGAUCAAAUCGUGAAAUAAUUCAUGAUGAUGAUGUUUAUAAAAAUAAUCCAACAUGGGAUUUUGUUACAAAUAAACGUCAUUGGCUUGAUCAUAUAAAAUAUUCAAUAUUUAUGUAUGGUGCAUGGAGUGUUUUAUCAAUUGUUUAUCUUGCUGGUACAACACGAAUUAGUUUACUUGGUCUUGGUUAUCUUAUUGCAUGUUUUUAUUAUCUUUGGUAUGGUCAAGAUUUUUUAACAAAACGACUUCCAGUUAUGCUUCGAUUGUGGAAUUAUAUGAUUUAUUAUUGUUUUGCAGUCGUAUUUGUUAAAGCAUGUUUACAGGUGGUCGUUUGUAUAUUUCUUUAUCCAUCGACAUCUUGUACAAUCGCAUCACGCAUGUCAACAUUUUGCACGUUUGUCGAUUUAUUUGUACCAUGUUUAAAAUCAAAUUUUAAACCUUUGAAUAAUUGUCCUUCAUCUCCUACGGGUACCACUGAACAAUGUGAUCGAAAUGCUGCUGAUGCUAGUCUUUUCAUGGAUGGUUUUUGUAUGAUAUUUUUAUUAUUACAAAAACGAAUAUUUGCUAGUUAUUAUUGGGAACAUAUUGUAACUGAACUUCGUUCUCAAGCUAAAUUAGCUAGUCAAGGUGCUGUUCUAUUUAAUGAAAUGUCACAUAAACGAAUAGAAGAAGAUCGUGCACGUGAAGAAGAAACUGUAUCAAAAAUAACUCAAAGUUUAAAACGUAUUAAAGAACAACAAUCAAAAUUAAAUCAAACAGAAGAAAAAACUACAUCAAUACUUUCAGAAUCAGCUGAACAUUUUGAAGCAAUUCGUUCGGGUGAUUAUUAUAUGUUUGAUUAUGAAUCUGAUGAAGAAGAAGAUGAAGGAAAACAAGAUGAAGCAACAGCUGCUCAAGAACAGAUUCUUCAAGUUUUAUCAGCAAGUGAUAAAGAAGCAAAAGAAGCUGUCGCUACUCAAAAACCUUUAUCAUCAUCGUUAAUUGAAUCAAAUGGUCAUGAAUUUACUUCAGUGCCACCUACUCCUUCUGCACUAGCAACACUAACAACAACUGCAGGAAUACCAAUUUUAUCAGAUCCAGAGCACGUAGCAUCUGUGGAACCAAAAGAUAAAACAAAAAAGAAACGAAAAUCAAUUUUAAUUAAAAUACGUUUAAUUGGUUGGAUUAUAAUUGAUUAUUUAAUUGAUUUAUUUAAUCGAAAUUCUCAUGAUUAUCGAGAAGUUUCAAAAAAAUUAGCUCAAAUGAAAUCAGACGAUAAAAUUAUUCAACAAGAACGUAUUCGAGCUGAAACAAGUGUUGGAGCAUCUUCCGUUAUCGAUAUUGAUGAAUUCGCUAGUGGUGAUUAUUCAAAUGGACAUCAAGCUCUUCGAAGAGUAUCACAAUCAUUUGAUUUAAGUCAACGUUCACGUCUUUAUCGUUUAUUUGAUUCAUUAUUUUAUUUUGUUAUGUCUCGAUCAGAACUUUUAUGUUAUUCAGCUAUGAUUAUAAAUCAUUUAACAUCAGGUGCAUUAUUAUCAUUACCACUUCCAUUAUCAAUAUUUCUUUGGGCUAUGUUAUCAUCUCGACCAUCACGAAAUUAUUGGAUUACUGUAUUAACUUAUACAGAAGCAAUGAUUGUUGUUAAAUAUAUAUUUCAAUUUCGAUUUUAUCCAUGGAAUGCAGAUACAAUAGAUGCUCGUCCAUUAGCAGCAAUAAAUAUUAUUGGAAUUAAUCGAAAAGAGAAUGCAGCUUCAGUAGCAGAUUUAUUUUUAUUAUUAUCUUUAUUUCUUCAUCGUUCAAUUUUAAAACAACUUGGACUUUGGAAAGCUGAAACAUCCACACCGCAUGAACCAGCAACUCCAGAUGUUGAAACGAAUGAUCAACAACCAGAUGAAGUAUAUCCAUCAGAAACAACACGAAUCGUUAGUAAUUCUUAUUUUAUGAAACCAUUGAUAAGAUUCUAUCGUCAACUUAAACAAGCAUUAUUUGUUCGUGAUGUUUAUGCACCAAUGUUUUUUUGUGAUUUUAUUAAUAUGGUUAUUGUUAUUGGUUUUUAUAGUCAAUUUGGUGAACGAGCUGGUGGAAAUGUUGUACAAACAAUAAAAGAGAAUAAAGUUCCAGUCGCUUUUCUUGUUAUAUUAUUAGUUCAAUUUAUAUUAAUUAUAAUUGAUCGUGCACUUUAUCUACGUCGAAAUGUUCGUGGUAAACUAUUUUUUCAAUUAUUCCAAGUUAUAGUUGUACAUAUAUGGUUAUUUUUUGUUUUACCCGGAAUAACUCGAACGAAAUUUCGUGAUAAUGUUGCGGCUCAAUUUUGGUAUAUAUUCAAAUGUAUCUAUUUUGGUUAUUCAUCAAUACAAGUACGAUUAGGUUAUCCAAAACGUAUUGCAGGCAAUUUUCUUAUGAAACGUUUUAAUUAUGUGAAUCAAAUUUUAUAUCGAGUUUAUUUGUUAAUUCCAUUUUUACUUGAAUUACGAACAAUUAUGGAUUGGAUGUUUACAGAUACAGCACUGGGUUUAACAAGUUGGCUACAAUUAGAAGAUAUUUAUUCAAAUGUUUAUCUUCUAAAAUGUUCAAGAUGGGCUGAGAAAAAAUAUCCAACACAACGUGGUGUAACUCGACCAAAAACAUCAAAAUAUGGUGUUGGUGGUUCAUUAUUAGCUUUAUUAAUUCUAUUAAUAUGGUUUCCAUUAUUAUUCUUUUCAUUUACUUCAUCAUUCUAUCAAUCAAAUCCACCUAAAGAAGUUAAUGUUGAAAUAAAAUUAGGUGGUUAUUUACCAAUUUAUCAAAUGACUGCACAAGAUAUUGAUUUAAGUGCAUUUACUGAAACUGAUUAUAAUAGUCUACGGACAUCAAUCUAUUCACCAAAUAUCGACGCAACUAUUGAAGAUACUGCCUAUGCAUUUUUACGUGAUUAUAAGCCAGAUGAUAUAUAUUGUGUAAAUUUAUUUGCAACAAGUGUUAAUAUGUGGGAAAUAAGUCAACCUAUACGUGAUAUUGUUAUAAAUAAUUUACGAACCAAUGUUACUGUACCAGUACGAUUUUCAUAUACAAUAACACGUAAUCCGCCAGGCGAAGAUGAUUCAGAAGAUAUUGCAGCAGUUGUAGCAGGUGAACAUACAGUACAGAUAACAUCAGCAGAUCAACAAAUUCGAAAGGAACUUAUUGAAAUAAUUAAUGGAACUGUUGAUUCACAAAUAGAGACAAAAUUUACAAUUCCAAAUUUAAUACCAAGAUUUUUACAUGUAAAACCGAAAGCAAAACCAGAAGAAAUUCCAGCAUUUAAAACUGUUUUUUCAUCGGAAUAUUAUGCUGAUGUAACCAUGGGUCUUAAUCGUACAAAAUCAAUACCAAAUAGUACUGAAGUUUGGUGGGAAAUGUCAGAAAAUCGAACAAGAUAUAAAGUUUCUCCAUCAUGUUUAUUUCCCAAUGAUAACUUUUUGAGUAUGAUUUUUUUCAAUGAUAAAAUUUCACCAGCAAAUAUUUCAUUUCUUACUCGUUAUGGUAUUAUCGGUAUCUACAUAUCAAUUGUAUCUGUGGCUGCAACAUUUAUACGUGGUGAAUUAUUUGGUAAAACGAAUACAAUUAUGUUUGAUGAAUUACCACAAGUUGAUACAUUAUGGCAUUUUUUAAAUGAUAUAAAUCUUUUACGAACUGUUCAUGAAUUUGAAACUGAAAAUGAAUUUUUUGAUCGUUUAGUUUAUAUUUAUCGUAAUCCACAAGUGAUUAUUGGUUUAUAUACAACAUUUGUAAUUGUUGUUGCACGAUUGUUACGUACAGUCUUACAAACAAGUCAAACAAUAAUGUUUAAUGAAUUACCUCAAGUUGAUCGAUUAUGGCAUCUCUUACGAGAUAUUUAUUUGGUUCGAGAACAUAAUAUAUUAAAUAUUGAAGAACAAGUUUUUGCUAAACUUAUUUUCUUAUAUCGUUCACCAGAAACACUCAUACGUUUUACAAAACCAAAAGUUGAAUAA